AUGCCCGCCGCCCCCGCCCACGAACAUCUCGUCAACAAGCACCUCGCAAAGGACUCUCAGAAAGUAGACGCCCUCGUCUCCAAAGGUGUUCAGCGUGACCAGAUUGUUACACCCGACCAACUCCCCGCGCAUCACCGCGUGAUCCCGGCCUCGGGCAUGAUGACGAUGGAUUUCAGGCCCGAGAGGCUGAAUUUGGAGGUGGAUGAGCAGGACGUCAUCAAGAGGCAAGUCGGCGUAACAGUUUAG